AGAGGAACAUUGCAAUGGGUUUAGUAUGGGACUGUUUGUCUCCAGGAAGGCUUUCAAAAGGAAGUGAUUCUAGCUGGGUUUUGUAUUGAGGGACAAGAAUAUCCACUGGUUCUUUGCCCCCACAGUGAUAAAUAAUUUCCUCCCCUGCCCCUACCAGGAUGCAGAAGGUCCCAGUGCUUCUCUUCCUGGCCUGGGUCUGCUUUCUCUUCUACGCUGGCAUUUCUCUCUUCACCAGUGGCUUCCUGCUCACGCGUUUGGAGCUCACCAACCAUAGCAGCUGCCAAGAGCCUCCAGGCCCUGGGUCCCUGCCAUGGGGGAGCCAAGGGAAGCCUGGGGCCUGCUGGAUGGCUUCCCGGUUCUCCCGGGUUGUGUUGGUGCUGAUAGAUGCUCUGCGAUUUGACUUUGCCCAGCCCCAGCUUUCAAACGUGCCUGGCGAGCCUCCUGUCUCCCUGACCUUCCUGGGCAAACUAGGCUCCUUGCAGAGGAUCCUGGAGAUUCAGCCCCACCAUGCCCGGCUCUACCGAUCUCAGGUUGACCCCCCCACCACCACCAUGCAGCGCCUCAAGGCCCUCACCACUGGCUCACUGCCUACUUUUAUUGAUGCUGGCAGUAAUUUUGCCAGUCAUGCAAUAGUGGAAGACAAUCUCAUUAAGCAGCUCACCAGUGCAGGAAAGCGUGUAGUCUUCAUGGGAGAUGAUACCUGGAAAAACCUUUUCCCUGGAGCUUUCUCCCAAGCUUUCUUCUUCUCCUCCUUCAAUGUCCGAGACCUACACACAGUGGACAAUGGCAUCCUGGAACACCUCUACCCUACCAUGGACAGUGGUGAAUGGGACGUGCUGAUUGCUCACUUCCUGGGUGUGGAUCACUGUGGUCACAAGCAUGGCCCUCACCACCCUGAAAUGGCCAAGAAACUUAGCCAAAUGGACCAGGUGAUCCAGGGAGUUGUGGAGCGUCUGGAGAAUGACACACUGCUUGUGGUGGCUGGUGACCAUGGGAUGACCAUGACUGGGGACCAUGGAGGAGACAGUGAGCUGGAAGUCUCAGCCGCACUCUUUCUUUACAGCCCCACAGCCCUCUUCUCCAGUACCCCACCACAGGAGCCAGAGGUGAUUCCUCAAAUCAGCCUUGUGCCCACACUGGCCCUGCUGCUGGGCUUGCCUAUCCCAUUUGCGAACAUCGGGGAGGUGAUGGCUGAGCUGUUUUCAGAGGGCAAGGAUUCCCAGCCCCACUCCUCUUCUCUAGCCCAAGCCUCAGCUCUCUAUCUCAAUGCCCAGCAGGUGUCCCGAUUUCUUUGCACCUACUCAGCUGCUACUCAGGACCUCCAAGUUAAAGAGCUUCAUCAGCUGCAGAACCUUUUCUCCAAGGCCUCUGCUGACUACCAGCAGCUUCUGCAGAGCCCCCAAAGGGCUGAGGCCACACUGAAGACUGUGAUUUCUGAGCUGCAGCAGUUUCUGCGGGGAGCUCGGGCUAUAUGCAUCGCGUCUUGGGCUCGUUUCUCUCUGGUCCGCAUGGCAGGGGGUGCUGCUCUCUUGGCUGCUGCCUGCUUUCUCUGCCUGCUGGCAUCCCAGUGGGCAACAUCCCCAGGCUUCCCCUUCCGCCCUCUACUCCUGAUACCUGUGGCCUGGGGCCUGGCUGGGGCCAUAGUGUAUGCUGGACUCCUGGCAACUACUGGGCUGAAGCUGGAUCCAGUAGUUGUAGGUGCCAUGGCUGCAGUGAGCUCACUCCUGUCUUUUCUGUGGAAAGCCUGGGCUGGCUGGGGUUCCAAGAGGCCCCUGGCAACCCUACUUCCCAUCCCUGGGCCUGUCCUGUUAUUCCUGGUCAUUCGCUUGGCUGCCUUGUUCUCUGAUAGUUUUGUUGUAGCUGAGGCCAGGGCCACCUCCUUCCUUUUGGGCUCAUUCAUCUUACUCCUGGUUGCCCAGCUUCACUGGGAGGGCCAGCUGUUGCCACCUAAGCUGCUCACAAUCCCCCGCCUUGGCUCUUCGGCCUCAAUAGGUCCCCCAAGGCACAGUGGCACAUAUGCCUUGAGGCUUGGAGUUGGGUUGCUUUUAUGUACAAGGCUAGCUGGGCUUUUUCAUCGCUGCCCUGAAGAGACACCUGCUUGCCACUCCUCUCCUUGGCUGAGUCCUCUGGCAUCCAUGGUGGGCGGUCGAGCCAAGAAUUUGUGGUAUGGAACUUGUGUGGGGGCGCUGGUGGCCCUUUUAGCUGCUGUGCGCCUUUGGCUUUGCCGCUAUGGUAAUCUCAAGAGCCCUGAGCCCCUCAUGCUCUUUGUGCGCUGGGGGCUGCCCCUAAUGGUACUGGGCACUGCUGCCUACUGGGCAUUGGCAUCGGGGGCAGAUGAAGCACCCCCACGUCUCCGGGCACUCGUUGCUGGUGCAUCAGUUGUGCUGCCUCGGGCUGUGGCAGGGCUGGCUGCUUCAGGGCUCAUGCUGCUGCUCUGGAGGCCUGUGACGGUUCAAGUGAAGGCUGGGGUGGGUACUCCAAGGACCAGGACUGUCCUCACUCCUUUCUCAGGCCCCCCCACUUCUCAGGCUGACCUGGAUUAUGUGGUCCCUCAAAUCUACCGACACAUGCAGGAAGAGUUCCGGGGCCGGCUAGAGAAGACCAAAUCUCAGGGUCCUCUGACUGUGGCUGCCUAUCAGUUGGGGAGUAUCUACUCAGCUUCUGUGGUCAUGGCCCUCACCCUGUUGGCCUUUCCACUUCUGCUAUUGCACGCAGAGCGCAUCAGCCUUGUGUUCCUGCUUUUGUUUCUGCAGAGCUUCCUUCUCCUACAUCUGCUUGCUGCAGGGAUACCCAUCACCAGCCCUGGUCCUUUUACUGUGCCAUGGCAGGCAGUCUCAGCUUGGGCCCUCUUAGCCACACAGACCUUCUACUCCACAGGCCACCAGCCUGUCUUUCCAGCCAUCCAUUGGCAUGCAGCCUUCGUGGGAUUCCCAGAGGGUCAUGGCUCCUCUACCUGGCUGCCUGCUUUGCUAGUGGGAGCCAACACCUUUGCCUCCCACCUCCUCUUUGCAGUAGGUUGCCCACUGCUUCUGCUCUGGCCUUUCCUGUGUGAGAGUCAAGGGCCGAGGAAGAGGCGGCAGCAGCCCCCAGGGAAUGAAGCUGAGGCCAGAGUCAGGCCGGAGGAGGAGGAGCCAUUGAUGGAGAUGCGGCUCCGGGAUGCACCUCACCACUUCAAUGCAGCGCUGCUGCAGCUGGGCCUAAAGUACCUCUUUGUCCUUGGCAUUCAGAUUCUGGCCUGUACCGUGGCAGCCUUCAUCCUCCGUAGGCAUCUCAUGGUCUGGAAGGUGUUUGCCCCCAAGUUCAUUUUUGAGGCUGUGGGCUUCAUUGUGAGCAGCGUGGGACUUCUCCUGGGCAUAGCUUUGGUGAUGCGAGUGGAUGGUGCUGUGAGCUCCUGGUUCAGGCAGCUAGUUCUGGCCCAGCAGAGGUAGCCUAGGCUGUGGAUGCUGGCACCUGGCUGCAGAGAGAGCUGGAGAACAAUCUAGCUUGGCCUAUCCAAGUGCCGGAUGAUCUACAAGAGAGACUCAGCCACACCUCUCACCAUCAUACAGCCAGGGCUCCUGGCUCCUGGAACUUCCUUAUUUUAUAAUUCAGAAUCAUAGUGGAGCCUGAUCCCUAACUCUUGAUUUGGAUGCAUCUGAAGGACUAGGAGGGAUGGCUCCAAAGUGGAAUAAAAUAAUAAUAUAAAUAUGUGUGCCUGAAAUGUGGGGGAACCCCCACUGUCCCCUAUAGGGGAUAGGGGGAGGGUCAGUCUCUCUACCCCCAGGCACAGAUGGGAUCAGUCAUGUUAGGCAGGCAUGGCUGCACCUGAGAACUUUUGAGAAGUGGUUGGAGUUGUCUGAAUUCACUGCCCCCACCUCUUCCCAAAUCAUUCCUAUUAUCCCACCUGCCAUUUUCUUUUGCCACACAACACAUUUUAUUAAGUUCCUAUGCUUUGGCUGAUAACAGAGAAGACUGAAAAGAUAAGCCCAUGUAUCAUGGAUCACACAGACUCACUAUCUGAAGCCCCAAAUUGUGCUGUCUCCUCCUCUGCUAUAUCUUUUCACUGUAGAACAUGCUUUGCCUUUCACUUCUGUGGAAGCCUCCCUA